AUGUUAACUACAAUGGGUUAUCCAUGUGAUUGUACGAACACUUAUAUUAACAACGUUUACGGUUUUGAUCCUUCAAACUGUUCCGUAACCACAACUACCAUUUGCUUUUCUUCAGACUACGCAUUCAACAACAAUGACCAAUAUUUUUAUAAUUUUAUUAUACUUGACAAUACUACCUUGUAUUUUACUAUUAAUAAUUAUUAUUGGUUUACCACCCAAAAUCUUUCUAUUGCUGAAAAAUCAUUAUCUAUAAUGACAAAUUUACACAUUAACAACAGACUUGUGAUAGAAACUAACGCAGUGAUAAAUGUGCUACGAAAUACGACAAAUUUAGGGAGAAUGUCAAUUGCUGGAAAUCUUGUUUUAAUCAAUCCUGAAUUAAAUAACCCACGAAUUGUUUUGUGGAAUUCUACGUAUUUGCAUUUAAAUUUAAACAUGACACCAAGACCCGAUUUUCAAAUUGAGAAUCCAACAGGAAACACCAAUUGUUUUGAUGUCAUAUCACUUAACGACAACUCCAACAUAGACACUUCAGCUAAUACAGAUCACAUCACAUCUGAUAUGUUUAACUAUUCAUAUAACUUUACUGGCGGGAAGGGGUACUUGAUAUCAAACAAAAAAUUGAUGCGAUUUUGCCCUAAAGAUACUCAACUAAAUAAUGAAGUGGUUUGCACAUUAAAAAAUGUUUAUUACAAUUCCAAAUCACCAACUAAGAUGGAAGGCGAUUUUGAUUAUCCGCAUUGCCCCUGUGACAAUGAUGAUAGCAAAUGUGAAAAUAUUAAAUUUAAAAUUUUCAAAACAAAUACAGUAACGUGUGUGGGUGACUUAGAUUACAUUUUUAAUAUUUCUCAAAACAUCACCACGUUAAACAUAAAUUGCAGUGGUACUAUCGAAAAACUAUAUUUAUACGAAAACACCAACGUCUUUACAUCAAAAAAGACCAUUUUAAAUAGAAUUUAUAAUAUUAAUUUCACUGAAAAUGGAAAAAGCUUUGUAUUUGUCGAAAACGCAAGUAACAACAAAGCUCUCAGCAAUUGCCAUCUCAUGGAAGUAUCAAAAACUGGUUUAAAGUGUAUUAUGUGCGACUCUAAUUAUCGUCUUGAUAAUGACAUAUGUAAUUCUAUUGUUAAAAAUUGUGAAAAGUACAACAAGAACAAUAUUUGUGUUUUGUGUAAAACAGGGUAUGUUUUAAAUGAAAAAUUUGAGUGUGUUUCCUCAGCAAACUGUUUGUUUGGAACAACAUCAGAAUGUUACAAAUGUCCGAACCAAUACAUAAGAGAUGAUAAUGAAUGUAUAUAUAAUGACAAAUGUAGAUACAUGGAUGGAAGUAAUUGUAUUACUUGUAUCACUGGCAAUUCAAACAACAAAUGUGAUAAUUGUGCAUCAAAUUGUAAUUUGUGUUUAUAUGAGGAAUGUACUCUUUGUAAACAUAAUUUUAUACUAAACAACGAAAGUGUCUGUGAUCAAGAGAAAAAUGGGGUUUCAAUUGGAAUUUCGAUAAUUUGGUGUAAUGACGAGUUUUUUAUUGAUAAUAAUAUGUGCAACAAAUGUUCAUCAUGUUUUGCAAACUCAUACAAUUGUGACAAAAUUCAUGCGAUUUCUUGUGAAGUAAAUUAUUUAAUUUCAGAUGAAAGAAAAUGCACUUUAUCAUUUUGUCAAAAUGGGACAUUCAAAGAGCAAAAUGGGAUGUGUAUUUCUUUACAAGACAAAUGUUUAUUUAUAGUAAAUGGUCAAUGUGUAGAAUGUGAAGAUAAUUACAUUCUAAAUAAUAACAAAAAUUGUGUAAACAUUACAAACAAUAACACGACAACGGGUUGUGUAAAAUAUAGUAAAUAUGGUUGCAUUUCAUGUGUAAUUGGAUAUUACUUAUCAAACGCAGUAUGUUUUCAAUGUUCUGAAAAUUGCACAAGUUGUAUUGAAAGUAAAACAAGGUGUUUAUCAUGUAAGAAUGGGUUUUAUCAAGGAGAAAAUUACACAUGUUUGUCAAGCACAGAAUUGAUUGUAAAGUGUGACAAAAUAUCUACUAUCACAGGUGGAUGUUAUCAAUGCAAAGAAGGGUAUUACCGAGUUGGAAUGGAUUGUCUUGAAUGUCUCUCCAAUUGUUCGACAUGUAACAGAAAAGACAUGUGUUUGACAUGCAAUUCAACUAAUUACAAAACAACGAGUGGAAAGUGUUUGCCACAAAACAGUAUUAUUGGGUGUUUUAGUGAAGUUACACAAAAUGGGUGUUCUAAAUGUUUAGAUGGGUAUUACACGGUCAAUUACAAUGAAUGUGAAAAGUGUAACGACAACUGUACAGCGUGUACACCACACGAAAAAUGCAUAUCUUGUGUCAAAAAUAGAAUUUUAUUUGAAAAUGGACUUUGUCUUGAUAUUUCAUAUGUGUCAAAGUGUCUUGAAAUUUCAAAUUCAAAAUGUUUGAAAUGCACAUUUUGGCACUCACCAAAUAAUAAUGGAACUUUGUGCAACAAUAAAGUUGUCUGGUGGGUCAUACUCAUUUGUGUGACAUUUGCAAUUGUACAUCGAAAAUCGAAUAAACAAACGACAAUAUUUAAAAUGAGUCGUUCAAACAUUUCUUUUGUUUCUCUUAAUGAUGGUGUUGUUGUUAACAAAACUGAAAUUGUGUUUGGUGAUUCAGAAAAUCCAAUCAAAGUUGGUGUUGAAAGUCGUGAAUUGAUUUGCGUCGGCAACUCGUCAAAGCGACAUUUAAAGAUACAAGUUUCAACAACAGACAACACCGAGAAAUACACGAUUAGAACAGAGCCAAAGAUUGUAUCUCUAUCACAAGGAAUGGCAGUCGAAUUUGAAAUAUUUGUUGAACCAAAUUGUUCAUGCAAAAUCAAUAACAAAAUCGCACUUUUUUCAAAGAAUUUACAAGAUGGUACAACAAAAAACAAUCAAAUAAGUCUAAAUAUUUUCACUGAAAUAUCAACACGACUUGACCCAGACGAAUUAAUCGUAGAGAAAAAACUUGGUGAAGGAUCGUUUGGUGUUGUUUAUAAAGGUAGUUUUAGAGGAAUUUGUGUUGCAAUCAAAAAGAUGAAAGAAUUCAAAGAUAAUACUGAUGAAACAAUUGAAUUUGAAAAAGAGAUUUCAAUGUUAGACAAAUUCAGAAGUGAUUAUAUUAUUCACUUUUAUGGUGCUGUGUUUAUACCAAACAAAGUGUGUAUGGUCACUGAAUUUGCUCAAUUUGGGUCUUUACAAGACUUAAUAAAACACAAAGAUUCAUGUGAAGUCAAUUUACAUUUACGAGUCAAAAUAAUAGUAGAUGCUGCAAAUGGAAUAUUGUAUUUGCAUGAGAAUGGAAUACUUCAUAGAGACAUCAAGCCAGAUAAUUUACUUGUGUUGUCACUUGAUGUAAAUGACAAGGUCAAUGCAAAAUUGACCGAUUUUGGAAGUGCAAGAUGUCAACAUGAAAAGUAUACAAAAAGUGCAGAUAUAUUUUCGUUUGCAAUAACGAUGUUUGAGGUGUUUGGGUGGUCUGAUGCGUAUUUAAGUGAGACAUUCAAAUUUCCAUGGAAAAUUGCAGAAUUUGUGACAAAGGGAAAACGUCUUGAAAGAAAAGAAAACAUUCCAGAAACAAUAUUUCAGGUGAUAGAAAUGUGUUGGAAACAAAAUCCUAAAGAAAGAAUAACAGCAACAGAUGUGAUAAAUUUUAUUUAA